CGAGCGAGGGAGCGAACGAGCGGGGCAGCCAUGGCCUUCUGCAGCUUCACCGGCGGGGAGAUUUAUCAGAAUCACUUCGAGCCCGGUAUAUACAUUUGCUCCAAAUGCAGCUAUGAAUUAUUCUCCAGCCAGUCCAAAUUUGUUCAUUCAUCCCCAUGGCCAGCUUUUACCCGUCCGAUCCACAAUGACAGCAUCUCCAAGUACUUAGAACGCCCAGGAGCUUUCAAGGUCUCAUGUGGCAAGUGUGGCAAUGGUCUGGGCCAUGAAUUCCUCAACGACGGCCCAAAAAAGGGCCAGUCUCGUUUCUGAAUAUUUAGUCAUUCUCUCACGUUCGUCCCUAAAGAUCAGUCUGGGAAGGACGUGAGAGAGUAAACAGGCUGAGACACCUCCCCACCGACCAGAUUUUGGGCCAACCCCACUCAUGAGCCUUUGGUGUUGGAUGGGAACCUUCCAUUGCAACGUUAUUGUGAACUGAACAAAACAAACAACUGCUGGGCUUCUCCUCUUCUUCCAUUCAGAUCUGAGUAGCCAGCACCUGGUCCAGCCAUGAGAUGCUUGUUUCCCUCUUGGCACAGUGUGCUCCAAGUGCUGGAAAGCCACUCCCUCGGAAGAAUUUCCCCAGGAAUUCCAUAUUCCAAAGUAACUUGCUCCUGAUUCAGAUUGAACUGGACUCAUUCCAGCUAGCCUGCUUAAGCUAGCAGGCCAGGGCUGGCUUAAAGUGAGUUGCAGGUGAACAGACCCUUGCUUUAAUGAAGCCAGGCCAGGCUUUCUGGCUUCCUCCCCUCUCAUUAUUUAUUUGCUCCCACUGCUUAUGUUAUGCCAGGAAGAGGGAAGGUACUACCAACUGCAAUCCAAUAUUUUCCCCUCUCUUUCCUCGCUGGGUAAUGGGUCAUGAGUGAGCCAGUCCUAGCCCUCAUGCCCACAUGGAAUCAAAGAGACUGGGCGUGCCUUUAUAAACUUCUUCGACUUCUGAAGCCCACAAGAGUGUAGCAGGAAGCAGUGAUGUCACUGGAGGAAUAUUUUGAUCCAUCAUUUGGGAAUUUUUAAGAUGUGUGUUGAGACUUCUAGUGGAGCUUAAGACCCCGGUGUUGCAUCAAAUCCCACCAACCAUCUCCCCUCUAAUCACAUUCCUCUGUUAUCACUCUGCUCUUGCAGUUCCUGGACGUUAAACAAGGUAAUAAUGUUAACAAUCUGCUCCUGACCAGAAGAAGCUGCCAUCCCUGUUGUAAGAUUUACGAAAUGGGCUGGAUUUAGGUUCUCCAGGGGCCCACCCUCUUCCCCACAGCAGACAGCCUGCAUUCCUGUGUCCCUUGCACUGUGAUGCACUGUGGAGCACCCUAAAAAUGCUGCUGCUCCAAAGACCUUCCUUGUGCCCCCUUCCACACAUCCUCAGAAACAUCCUACAGACUGACCUCCUCUUCCACUGUUUGUGAGCAAGACUUUCUGGCAUCUGAAACCAUCCUUGCCAAGGCAAACGAGUGGCACCCUUCCCACACCCUGGCAUAACAUAAGAAUCUGGUGGAUGCCACAGUUGUCAUGACAACAUCUCACAAAGGAUGUGAAUUAUGUAAUUUCUGCAUGUAGAUUGUGGUGAUGUCUUGCAGCACAAGCAUCACUGUGGCUUCUGCUGCAUAUUAUUUAAUUCCCAUUGUUUCCAUAAUGAGGUCAUGAUGUCACUUGACCCUCCCCCCAGACGCCCCAUGUCCACUUAGCCUUGGGGCAUUUUCUGGCAUAGCAUCAUGGUAUGAAUUGCCCCAUGUAAACCCAUUCUGGAAAGCAGGGGUAAGGAAAGUCUAUAUGAGCCUCCCAGAAAAUGCCCCAGGGGAAUUCCCGAGCUUUUGUAUGCGAUACCAGAGCAAGUAUCACCUGCAUGGCAACCUUUGGACCCACAGAGCUCUCAGAAAAGAAAAUGAGCAACCUAGUUGUAAUUUAACGUUUGCAUACAGCAGAAAUGAACUGCCAACUUUUAAAAUUAUGGGUUCAGAAACAGAUGAACCGGGUAUCCUUUUGACUUCAAUUUGACCCACCAUCAGGACCCACUGUGCAUCUCCAUCAGAAGCAGAAGCCACCGGAAGGUGAAUGAGAGCCUCGGUUCUGACAGCUGCUAAUGAAUGAGAAAUACAAGAAGGGAGAGGCUGUCGAUCUUGUUUGUGUUGGAACCUGUUGAGGUCACGUACAGUUCUAGAGCACAUUGAGGGUGACAAAGUUGGAUCUGAAUUAGAAUUUAGUUGCCUUUCUGCACUCUAUGGCUAAGGAAAACGUAACUGGGCUGAUGGCCGUGAGUUCUCUGGAGACAGAAAUUGCAUCCCAUUACAUGGGCUCUAAAUGUUAACAGAAGAAACCAGUGUACCUCUCUGCUCAAAGGGCUAACUACAUAAUAUUACAGGAAUCAGCAACUUUCACUUCUUUGCCUUGCCUUGUGAUGAUCAUCCUGCCUGAAGACAGGAGUCUGGUGAAGCCUGGGCUUUGUUCACUGGUCAUCCAACUGUGACCAUCCACCUUUGGCCAUUACUCGAGCUUUAGCUUGAGGGAGAGAAUGAACUUUCAGAGAGCUAAAGUGAGACAAAGGGUUUUUUUCCCAUGUGUUCACAUCUCUUUUUCUUGCACGUGCUGCCAGAUAUUGUCCAGCAAAGUUUGCAAGCUUUUAAAGUAUCCCCAAACCUGAACAAUCCAGUAACUGAAUUAUAAGGAGACCAUGAUGAGCAGCAAAAUCUCCCCUGCCAUCUUCAGUUCCCAAACCUCCUCACGAUUUAACAUCAGGACAUCCCCCACCCUCCAGCUCUUCAAGAAUCAGACCUUUGUGGAAGGGCAAAUCCUUUGCUUCUCUCUGAAACUACUUUGGGAAAUCAUAGCAAUUAUUUUUCAGUUUGGGUUUAUUAGUGUCUACCAGUGCUAUUGACAUUUUAUCCAAACAAUACUGUAUGUGCCUUUUUUGCUCUUUCUUUUAAAUUCAGUAAGAAUUUGGGUUCAACUGGAUGGCUACAAGGAAGGGUAGAUGAUUCCAUUUUGGCUUCAGGUAGCAGCCAUGACUGCAACUGAAGCCCUGCCCUUUUUUUACAUGCAUCACACAAAACACAAAAAGGGCAGGGCUUCUACUUGCAUGGCCUCAACUACCAUAUUUUCUUACUGUCCUGUGGACGCUCCUGCCUUGGAUGUCUGUGGGGAGCCAGAAAAGGCAAGAACUUCAGGUUCAAGUGCAUGGCUCCUUGAGGACAGGGUAUAUGGACUCCACUUUGUGUAGGGCCAGUGCUAAUCACCUUGCCUAGCCUUUUAACAGAGAGUUUAUGCUUUGCAAGGCAGAGCCAAAGUGAGGGAACAACCAGCUACCCUCCUGUCUUGUCUUGUGACAAGCUGACCUGUUGGACUGUUGUCCCAUAAAAGAUCAGUCUGGCAUGUGAGAAAUAGUUCAAAGGGUUCUCCUGCUUUGCUAAUUUUCCUACAGUCCCAAAGGCUUUCCAACAUGGAGGAGCAGGCAAACUUGCACUCUAAAUUUGCUCUGAAGAGAGCUGAAAAUAGCUUGGGUGGUUUUGCUGUCUUGUUCUAUUGUUGUCUCCUCUCUGAUGGAUACAGCAGGUUUCAAUACCAUCUACAAAAUGUUAGGAAUGCAGAGGAAAGUGGGAUGAACAUAUGCAUACCUGUAAUGAUCUCCCAAGAUCUUGAAAAUAACCACUGGAUCUCUUAGUUUUCAAGAGAUUUUGAAGUCAUAUUACAAAAGAGGGUUGCAAUUCAGCUGUGGUGCAUAAAAUACAAGUCUUGA